CAGAAAUUUUAAAUUUCAGUUGAAUAAGUGCUAAGUGAUCGAGCAGAAGUCACUCUCCUCUCGCAACUUUCGACGCCUGACGGCCAGGCCAGCAGAAGAUAUAUAGUUAGUAGCAGAGACACUCCUGUCCUGUAGAUGUACUCUACAUGCUCUGGGUAGAGCAGCGGUGAGCUGUGGUUUUUUUUUCUGCAGAUCCGGCUUUUAAAUCGAAGUGAAACGAAAUAGGAUAAUUUAUUCAGUGGCUUCGCGCUAUCCGUAGAACAUUGUGCCUUGUUUCGAGAAAUUACCAACACUGAUUUCAUCGACUGUUGAAUUGUUUUAUAGUCUGUAAAUGCUAAAGUUUUAAUACUUGCUUUCUUCUGCAAUUUGUAGAUUUGUGAUCGCAGUCGUUUAUAUUUAUCAAGAAAAAUUUUAAGUUUCCAAAUCUCACCGCAAACAAAACAUCCCUGAAGACACACACAAACACACCUAGAAGCGGUAAGGAAAGCCAUCGGCGGCGAGCAAACGUGUAUAGAAGAAUUUUUCAUUUCUGUGUGAUUGUUUUUUUUUACAUUUGUGGUUUUAUAUCGAAGAAGCAAACGAAAAAGAAGUACAGAAGAAAGAAAAGUUCUGGUGAAUAACAACCGAGUGCGAAGCAAAGAAACCUGAUAAAGAGUGAAUAAAAUACCUUCCAGUGCUCCACGGGAAGGAAGCAGCGGAAUAGCAGGAAAAAAAAGCAACUCAGUGACUUGUUUCUUGUGUUUUUUUUUUUGUUCGUCCAAACUCCUCCGAAGCCUGUUACGCCUGUGAGAAGAAUCGAUAGUAGCGAACAACAAACAGAGCAUACUGCUUCAGUUGGAAAAGUUGCCAUUCGUCGUUGGCUUUUCAUUCGUUUGAGAACCGUGAAAGCCGAUCCAGUUCAAACGGAAAGAUGGCAGAUGAUUUGCGGGAUCGUCACGAUCCGGAGUUGAAGUAUCUUUCGGUCGAGCGCAACUCCUUCAAGACCCGGCCACUCAAGCCGAGUGGACACAGAAGGCUGGUCUGGGUGCCACAUGAGACACAGGGCUUCGUUGCUGCCAGCAUCAAAGGCGAACGGGGCGAUGAGGUCGAGGUGGAGCUUGCCGAAUCGGGCAAACGCAUCUAUGUGCUCAAGGACGACAUCCAGAAAAUGAACCCGCCCAAAUUCGACAAGGUCGAGGAUAUGGCCGAACUCACCUGUUUGAACGAGGCGUCCGUGCUGCACAACAUCAAGGAUCGAUACUACUCCGGACUGAUUUAUACAUAUUCCGGCCUGUUCUGCGUGGUGGUCAAUCCGUACAAAAAGCUUCCCAUCUACACCGAGAAGAUUAUGGAGAAAUAUAAAGGCAUCAAACGGCACGAGGUGCCGCCACAUGUAUUCGCCAUCACAGACACCGCAUACAGAUCGAUGCUACAAGAUCGAGAAGAUCAGUCCAUAUUGUGUACCGGUGAGUCGGGAGCCGGUAAGACCGAAAACACAAAGAAAGUGAUACAGUAUUUAGCGUACGUCGCUGCAUCGAAACCGAAGGGAUCCGUAGCGGCACCGUCACCAGCGCUUAUAAUCAGUGGUCACUCAUCAAGUCUAUCGGGUGAACUGGAACAGCAACUUCUGCAAGCGAAUCCAAUACUGGAAGCAUUCGGUAAUGCCAAAACGGUGAAAAACGACAAUUCGUCAAGAUUUGGAAAAUUCAUUCGAAUAAACUUCGACGCUUCUGGUUUUAUCUCCGGUGCCAACAUAGAGACCUACCUGCUAGAGAAGUCCCGUGCCAUUCGCCAAGCGAAAGAUGAACGUACAUUCCACAUAUUCUACCAGCUGCUUGCCGGUGCAUCGCCCGAGCAGCGGGAUAAAUUUAUCCUGGAUGACAUGAAAACGUAUCCGUUCCUGUCGUACGGAGGCCUACCGGUGCCCGGAGUGGAUGACCAUACCGAGUUCCAGGCUACGGUUAAAAGUAUGCAUAUCAUGGGCAUGACCGAGGAGGAUUUCAAUUCGAUCUUCCGUAUCGUGAGUGCCGUCCUGCUGUUUGGCUCGAUGAAGUUCAAACAGGAGCGUAGCUCGGAUCAAGCCACACUGCCGGACAACACGGUCGCACAAAAAAUUGCACACCUGCUGGGACUGAGUGUGACAGAUAUGACCAAGGCCUUCCUAACGCCCCGCAUCAAGGUGGGCAGAGAUUUCGUCACCAAGGCACAAACGAAGGAACAGGUGGAAUUUGCCGUCGAAGCCAUUGCCAAGGCGUGCUACGAGAAAAUGUUCAAGUGGCUGGUGAACCGAAUCAAUCGGUCGCUUGAUCGGACGAAGCGGCAGGGUGCCUCUUUCAUCGGCAUUCUCGAUAUGGCGGGUUUCGAAAUUUUCGACCUGAACUCGUUCGAGCAGUUGUGUAUCAAUUACACAAACGAAAAGUUGCAGCAGCUGUUCAACCACACGAUGUUCAUUCUGGAACAGGAAGAGUAUCAGCGGGAAGGUAUUGAAUGGAAGUUUAUCGAUUUUGGGUUGGAUCUGCAGCCAACGAUCGAUUUGAUCGACAAACCGGGCGGUAUUAUGGCUUUGCUGGACGAAGAAUGUUGGUUCCCGAAGGCAACCGACAAAACUUUCGUGGAAAAACUGGCCACGGCUCACACGAUGCAUCCCAAAUUCAUGAAGACCGAUUUCCGUGGAGUUGCGGAUUUCGCUGUGGUUCAUUACGCCGGCAAAGUCGAUUAUUCCGCAACCAAAUGGUUAAUGAAGAACAUGGAUCCGUUGAACGAGAACAUCGUGUCGCUGCUGCAAGCGUCACAGGAUCCGUUCGUGUGUCAAAUUUGGAAGGAUGCCGAAAUUGUCGGUAUGGCUCAACAGGCUCUGACCGAUACACAGUUUGGUGCUCGCACUCGAAAGGGUAUGUUCCGAACCGUGUCCCAUCUCUACAAGGAACAGCUGGCCAAACUGAUGGAUACCCUUCGUAACACUAAUCCAAACUUCGUCCGGUGCAUAAUUCCGAAUCACGAGAAACGUGCUGGUAAAAUUGAUGCUCCUCUGGUACUGGAUCAGCUGCGUUGCAACGGUGUCCUCGAGGGUAUUCGCAUCUGUCGACAGGGCUUCCCCAAUCGUAUUCCCUUCCAGGAAUUCCGCCAACGCUACGAACUGCUCACUCCGAACGUUAUCCCGAAAGGUUUCAUGGACGGUAAGAGGGCCUGCGAGCAGAUGAUCAAAGCCCUCGAACUGGACAACAAUCUGUAUCGAAUCGGGCAGUCGAAGAUAUUCUUCCGUGCCGGAGUGUUGGCUCACCUUGAAGAGGAACGCGAUUACAAGAUCACCGAUCUGAUUGUCAAUUUCCAAGCCUAUUGCCGAGGGUUCCUUGCUCGUCGCAAUUACCAGAAACGUCUCCAGCAGUUGAAUGCUAUCAGAAUUAUCCAACGAAACUGUGCUGCUUAUCUGAAACUACGCAACUGGCAGUGGUGGAGAUUGUAUACGAAAGUCAAACCUUUGCUUGAGGUUACCAAACAGGAAGAGAAGCUGGUCCAGAAAGAGGAUGAACUGCGGCAGAUCCGCGAUAAGUUGGAUAAUCUGUCCAAGAGCUCCCAGGAGUAUGAGAAAAAGUUCCAGCAAGCGAUAGAGGAAAAAACACAUCUGGCUGAGCAAUUGCAGGCCGAAAUAGAACUGUGUGCCGAAGCUGAGGAGGGUCGUGCUCGGUUGGCUGCCCGCAAACAAGAACUAGAAGAGCUUAUGCAAGACCUCGAAGCCCGAAUCGAAGAAGAGGAAGAACGUGUAAAUGCCUUAACCAGCGAGAAAAAGAAACUUCAGAUCAACAUUCAAGAUUUGGAGGAACAACUCGAGGAGGAGGAAGCUGCUCGACAGAAAAUACAGCUCGAAAAAGUCCAGCUGGAUGGCAAGCUCAAAAAGAUGGAAGAAGACAUCGCCCUAACCGAAGAUCAGAACCAGAAGCUUCUCAAAGAGAAGAAAAUUCUGGAAGAACGUGCCAACGAUUUGUCUCAAACUCUUGCCGAAGAGGAGGAGAAAGCCAAACAUCUUGCCAAACUGAAAGCUAAGCAUGAAUCCACCAUUGCGGAACUGGAGGAACGUCUGCUGAAGGAUCAUCAGCAGCGUCAGGAAUCGGAUCGAUCGAAACGAAAGAUCGAAACCGAAGUUGCCGAUCUGAAAGAACAGAUAAACGAGCGCGGCAUGCAGAUCGAGGAAAUGCGUCAGCAGCUUUUCAAACGGGAAGAGGAACUGGCCCAGACAUUGGUUCGAGUUGACGAAGAAUCGGCCUCCAAAGCCGCAGCCCAGAAGGUACAGCGUGAGUUGGAAUCACAACUGACGGAAAUCCAGGAGGAUCUGGAAGCCGAGAAGCUGGCCCGGUCCAAGGCAGAAAAGCAGAAGCGUGACCUGAAUGAGGAACUGGAAGCACUCAAGAACGAGUUACUCGACUCAUUGGAUACUACCGCCGCUCAGCAAGAAUUGCGCUCCAAGCGUGAACAGGAAGUGGCUACACUGAAGAAAACCCUGGAGGAUGAAGCUGUCAAUCACGAGGGUCUAAUGUCGGAAACGCGCCACAAACAUGCUCAAGAAUUGGCCUCCAUCAACGAGCAGUUGGAAAAUUUGAAAAAACUGAAAGGAAAUCUGGAAAAGGCCAAGCAGACACUGGAGGCCGAGAAUGCCGACUUGGCUACGGAUUUGCGAAACGUCAACCAGUCCCGCCAGGAGAACGAUCGUCGCCGGAAGCAGGCUGAAACGCAAGUGGCAGAAUUACAGGUUAAACUUGUUGAGGUCGAACGAGCUCGUUUGGAACUGCAGGAUAAAGUAAGCAAACUACAACAGGAAUCGGAAAGCAUCACCCAGCAGCUGGACGAAGCCGAACUUAAGGCAUCAGCUGCCAUCAAGAGUGCCAGCAAUAUGGAAAGCCAGCUAACAGAAGCGCAACAGUUGUUGGAAGAAGAAACCCGUCAGAAGUUGGCUCUCAGCUCAAAGCUACGGCAACUGGAGAGCGAGAAGGAAGCUCUACAGGAACAACUGGAAGAGGACGAGGAAGCGAAGAAAAAUUACGAGAAAAAGUUGGUCGAACUGAACUUUACCAUUCAGGAUAUGAAGAAACGAUCGGAGGAAGAGUCCGACUUUGCCAAGGAACUCGAAGAAUCUAAGAAAAAGAUGAACAAGGACCUCGAGACGCUGCAGCGCCAAAUCCAAGAACUGCAGGCUGCCAACGACCGGUUGGACAAAAGCAAAAAGAAGAUCCAAAGCGAACUGGAAGAUGCCACCAUCGAGCUCGAGACACAACGCACCAAGGUACUGGAUCUGGAGAAAAAGCAAAAGAAUUUCGACAAAGUGCUGGCCGAAGAGAAGGCCGUCAGCGAACAGCACGCACAGGAACGGGAUGCUGCAGAGCGGGAAGCUCGCGAAAAGGAAACAAAGGUUCUGUCGUUAACUCGCGAACUGGACGAAGCGUACGAGAAGAUCGACGAUCUGGAAACUAAACGGAAAGCACUGCAGAACGAACUGGAUGAGUUGGCUAACACACAGGGUACAGCUGACAAGAACGUUCACGAGCUGGAGAAGGCCAAGCGUGCACUGGAGAGUCAGCUGGCUGAACUGAAGGCACAAAACGAGGAACUAGAGGACGACCUGCAACUCACGGAGGAUGCCAAGUUGCGAUUGGAAGUUAACAUGCAAGCCCUGCGUGCGCAGUUUGAGCGAGAUGUACAGGCCAAGGAAGAACAAUCCGAGGAGAAACGAAGAGGUUUGGUAAAGGCACUGCGAGAUCUGGAGGCAGAGCUGGACGAGGAACGCAAACAACGAGCAGCUGCCGGUGCGGCUAAGAAGAAGCUUGAGGGCGACCUUAAAGACAUCGAAGCGACACUGGAGAUGAACAACAAAAUAAAGGAAGAUGCUCUCAAGCAGGCCAAGAAACUGCAGGCUCAAGUGAAGGAUGCCAUUCGGGACGCCGAGGAAGCUAAGGCUGCUAAGGAGGAAUUAGCGGCCGUUAGUAAGGAAUCCGAACGCAAAGUGAAAGCUUUGGAAGCGGAGGUUAUGCAACUGUCGGAAGACUUUGCUAGUUCGGAACGUGCCAGAAGAGCAGCUGAGGCGGAACGCGAUGAGUUGCUAGAGGAAAUAAAUUCAAACUCGAGCAAGGGCUCUCUGAUGAUCGACGAGAAGCGCCGACUGGAACUGCGAAUCGCUGGCUUAGAAGAGGAGCUUGAAGACGAACAAUCUCAGAACGAAGUGCACGUAGAUCGACUCCGCAAGGCUCAGCUACAAAUUGAACAACUUUCCACCGAGCUGCAGGCCGAAAAGUCCAACUCACAGAAGUACGAGAACGUUAAAACUGGUCUCGAACGCCAGAACAAGGAACUGAGAGCCAAACUGUCCGAGCUGGAAACCGCCCAACGCACCAAGGUGAAAGCAGCCAUGGCCAGCCUGGAAGCCAAAAUCGUCAACCUGGAAGAGCAACUCGAGAAUGAAGCCAAGGAACGACUAACGGUACAAAAGUCCAAUCGUAAACUGGAAAAGAGAAUCAAGGAGCUUACGAUGAACAUCGAAGACGAGCGACGACAUGCCGAUCAAUACAAAGAACAGAUCGAAAAGAUGAACAAUCGCAUGAAGAUUCUGAAGCGAAACCUGGAUGAGGCAGAGGAAGAAAUCCAGAAAGAAAAGACUCAGAAACGCAAGGCGCUACGGGACUACGAGGAUAUGAUCGAAAGUCACGAUGCGCUCUCGCGUGAGGUGAAUUCGCUCAAAACAAAGAUCAGGCGCGGUGGCAUCGGGGUAAGUUCGUCUCGCUUAACUACUCCAAAGCGCGAGAACGAUUCCAUUGUUCAGGAUGAGUCGCUCGAUGGCGAAGACAACAGUAACUGACCGAAGAUCACGUCUUCCAAAUAUCUUUCCAACUAUUACUGAACAGUUGGAAGGAGUGGGUGGUGUCAUCCAGCAGCAGCAGCAGCGGCAGCAACAACAACAGCAAAACCCGCUAUAUUGAGCAAUUGAGAACGAGUGUCAUUUUUAUUGGAAAAUAAAAACAAGAUAAAACAAACCUUAGCUGGAUGUAUGUAUGAGUGGAAGUUUAUGAUGCAGGAAAAAAAAAUCUUUGUUGUAUUAAACUAUUUCGUAAACAGUACGAGGGAAAUGAAAACCAAUGUUUUUCCCUACAUUUGCAUGUAUUUAGGAGAGCAAGAUAUGAAAUAGCAAUGGGAGAAUUUAAAAAAAACCCAACCAGUCGGAAGGAAGCAGCGAAGUCGUUUUCUAGCGAGUAAGUGAUGAACAUUUUCCUAAAUCAAAAAAGUACAUAAUGAAGGCAAAAUAAAUCAACAUUUAUGAGAAAAAAAACAAAACAAUUACCAUUUCACAGACUAAUAAUUUACCGAGUAUAUCAAACAUACAAAAUUUUGCAUUAGUAACCGAAAAUCUGAAGAAGAAAUUGGAGCGAACGCAGGGUUUCGCCAGCACAGGUAGGACGCGAAAAUAAACACAGUUUUAGUAAAGUAGAAUGGAAGCAGGAUGUUUUUAUACUAUCGAAGCAAAAGAAAAAAAAAAUAUUCAUAACAAUUGAACCGCGAAGCAUUUAGAUACGUUUAUAUAUGUUACGAAAAUUUAUUGUUUUUAAUUAUUAUUAAAAUAACUAACUUCAUUCUUCACUUAUUGUCGUAAGCUUAAGUUUCGCCCUCUGUUCCCCGCUCUUUUUUUAUAUAUGGACAAAAUGCACUUACUUUAAACACACAAAGCAUUAGGAUCACGAGACAAGAGAAGAUAAUAAUUCCAUUUUUUAGCACCUUUGGAGUAAUGAACUAAGUAAAAUGAAACGUGAAACAUCUGUAGCUGCCUAAGUGAAGUUCGCUUUUUAUUAUAAAAUAUUAAUUAACAAGAAGAAAAGUCUCUAGUUAAAACUGAAGGAACCGUUGAAUAAAUAAUUAAAAAUAUUGCAAAUAAAAAA